CUGAACAAAACGACAAGAAAAGCCAGAAAAUGAUUGGUAUACUAUGUAUAGUGAGAGAGUUCGUAGACUUAGUAGGUCUGUGUCCGUAUGGUCCUUCGGUUAGACCAUGUGUUGAGCCAGAGAGGUCGCCCCAGGUUCAAGGUAUGUGUCGUGAUGUUCCUUCCCCUGUGGUAGAGUCUCCUGAGCUGCCAAGGGCUGCUGACCCGGAGCAGUGUUUGGUGGAAGCACCCCGUGUUGCAUUGUUUUCAGCAAUGCCAUUUGAGGUAGAAGUCAUUUCUACUUUGGAUGACACUGUUGAAAACGAUACAGCGGUGUUUGAGGAGGAAGAGGAACAUGAGUUGGUUUUCGACACAGAUGAUGCUGACCUUUUCUCAACCUGGGAUCAGGAGCAGCAGCAGGCUGAUGAGUGGUGGGAUGAUCUGGAAAGGAGGGUUAUUGGUGUUUCAGAGGAGGUGGAGGCCCUAUCCAAGGAUUAUAGUGAGGUAAAACAAAGGUUGGAGAGUGAUGAUGAGACUCUGCAGAUGUUUGGCGCAAACUUGGAAAGUGAGGGUCGAAAUCUGCAGAUGCAGUAUGUAAUCUCCAGGGUUUUACCUUGCUGUGGUCCUUUGGAUUUAGAAGAAGGUGUAAGUGAUGUGGAUGAGCUGUCUCUAGAGGAUGACGAGGUCUUUACUGAUGAGCAGGAUAGAGUUGUGAUUUGGGACGAGGAAGGCAGAGCAGCUAUGAGGAGAGUUUGGUUCAGGAGGCAUUUCAUGAAGAGUCAUUGUCUGAAUGGUUUUUGGAGGACCUUUAGAGGGUACAGUUUGAGGUGUCGGAUGUUUCAGCUUAGUAUUGUGUGUCGUUGAGAAGAGUAGUAGGUUCACAUUGGUAUUUUUGUUAGUUUUGUCCCUUAUGACCAGUUGCCCCCAGAUUACUUGACAAGUAAUGAAUGACUGAUGGUAUUGAUUGAUCGGUUGGUUGAUGUUUUAGUGAUGAUUGUAUCAUGAACACUUCAUUGACGGUUUGGUCUUUUAAUAGGUCAUAACAGGUUUAGGAAUUCUCUGGCAAAAAUGAAAACUAUAAAUAGAUAGAAGUAAACCUGCCCUUAGUCUUACUCCCGAGUCCCCCUUUACCCAAGCACUCUACCCUUACUUUCUUUGUAUAUAUAUGUAUAUAUGUGUAAAUAAAAGCAUGAUUGUUUUAUACAAUUUUUAGUUAAGUCAGAUAUUGUAUGUUACCAAAGGUAGAUGUAUAAUGUUGUUGUAGCAUGUUAUCAUCAUUAGGAUAUCAGAGACCUUCAUAUGUACAGUAAUCAUAGAAAUAGAGUAUUAAUUUUUUACAGCAAAAACAUUUAGAAUCACUAGUGAUUUCGGUGAGAAUUCAGAAUUUCGCCCGAGGUAAAACUUGUAAUUAUCACAUGACAUCAUCAUUCACAGAACUCAACACACUUGACUUUAUCAGUAUUGCACACCUUCAAAUUUGAUAUGGAUCAGAUUUAGAAAAAAAAACAUAGAAGAAAUUUGGUAUAGAUCAUCAACCUUGUCAGUCAACAUUUUUUGGAGUUGUUACCCUUUUAAUGACCUUCUUUUUACCAUAUUUUGGACAUAUACAGUCUAUAGAUAGAAAAAAAUAGAUU